AUCACAGAUGAUCGCACACCAAUUUCAGCGUUUAGACUGUGUUGUUCAGAGCAAAGAGAAACCACUAUAGUCAUGUCUGUAAUAUCGUGUGUGGCAGGAGGGCGGGGAAGGUUAAAUCCUAAAGACACUUAACAGCGCAAUCAGCUCUUCAAUUGUCUGUCCGGACAUCAGAGAGAUCUCAUCUGUUGGGGAAAACAUGGAACUCGAAAACUUGAGAAAUUUGAGGGGGAGAUGUAGAGUGAGGCGGGACAUCAUCAGAGAGUUUUUGGCGGAACUGCUGGGGACAUUCGUAUUAAUACUUUUCGGCUGUGGUUCAGUGGCCCAGUCUGUCCUCAGCAGAGGGAAAAAUGGAGAAGAUCUCACCAUCCACUUUGGUUUUACUCUAGGAGUGAUGCUGGCUGUUUAUAUGGCUGGAGGCGUGUCAGGAGGACAUGUGAAUCCAGCUGUUUCUCUGGCUAUGGUUGUCUUGGGGAAACUCCCAAUAAAGAAAUUCCCUGUCUAUGUGGUAGCCCAAUUUUUAGGUGCAUUUGCUGGAUCUUGUGCUGUCUUCUGUCUGUACUAUGGUGCCUUUGCAAAUUUCGCUGGUGGAGAUCUGAUUGUAACUGGUACAAAUGCCACAGCAGGUAUCUUUGCCUCAUAUCCACGAGAAGAUCUUUCAUUGCUUAAUGGAUUCAUUGAUCAGGUGAUUGGCACUGGGGCCUUGGUCCUCUGCAUUCUAGCCAUUGUAGAUAAAAAGAAUAUUGGGGCACCUAAAGGAAUGGAGCCUCUGCUUGUUGGCCUGAGCAUCCUGGCUAUUGGAGUGUCCAUGGCACUGAAUUGUGGCUAUCCAAUAAACCCUGCCAGAGACUUAGGACCAAGGAUCUUCACAGCUAUGGCAGGAUGGGGAAUAGAAGUGUUUAGUGCUGGAAAUGGCUGGUGGUGGGUUCCAGUCGUCGGGCCGAUGGUGGGAGGUGUGGUCGGGGCGGUGAUCUACUUCCUGAUGAUUGAGAUGCACCACCCUGAGACAGAGAAGAACCCUGAGGAUGACAACAGUCUCAAAGAUAAAUAUGAAUUGAACACUGUAAACUGAAAAAAAGGGGAAGUAUUGUACCUGUUACUUGACCAUAGACCUCAAACAAGAAGCACUGGUAUUGCUUAUCACUUUUUUUGUCUGUUUUUUUUUCCUUUAGACCUCUUUUACUCUGACUUCGAGCAGAGAGCAGUAUUCUUUGCAGUGUCAGUGAUUUACUAGUCAUACUUUUUGUUACCAUUUAGUAUUUCACUAAAAUACUUACAUGUCAUCAAGUGUUUAUUAUCAUUUAUCAUGCCUUUUUUCAGUUCAUAACAGAAGCAGAACAAUCUGGAAUUCUUUGGCUUACAAAAAUGGAGCACAAACAAAAUAGAGGGAUAGCACAUUUAGAAGGUUCAAAGAGAAAAGAGCACCAAUGUAGAAAACCCAUAAUCAUUAGACAUGGGCAUUUAUUUUCCAUGAACAUGGAGCAGAUAAUUGGACCUCCUUUGUAGUCAGGCAUUUUAGUGGUAUCUUAUGGAUAAAAUCCACUGCAUUCUUAGACCAUCAGUAUUUUACAUACUGACAAGUGUUACAACACGGCCAGUAAAAGAUUAGGAGCAAACAAAUCCUCCAUAUUAUUACCUCUGGAACUGAUAUAGAGAUAAACAUGAUCUUAGGUUAUCAUCAUUUUGUUAACACAGAAUAUGCAGGGUAUGAAGAAAGAGUGUUGAAGGAUAGUCUAGGACUCUAGGAUAGUUUUUUAAACAAUUUUUAUUAUACGUUUCACCAGUUUAUCAUGUCAAAAUGCACAAAGCAUCAAUCUGACAUCCAUACAGGGGCUUCUGGAACUUGCUAUAAGCAGAUACAUGCAGUUCUGUAGUAGGAAGAUUACUUUACUUUCCACUCUGUUUUCACAAACAUGAGCAGGCAUCAUUGUCUGUAAAUAGGUUAAGUGGUAAUUAUUCAAUAUAACAGAUGAAUGGUCAAUUAACUGCAUGCAUAACUGCUGAUAAGGUAACAUGCAUGAGGUAACAGGACAAAAGUUGCAUGGCAUGCUAAAAAAAUAAACCUGUAAUGGUAUAUUGAUCAGCUUGAGAAUAAAUAAUUGUGUAUUUAUGUGUGCUAAAACUUUCAAUAGAUUUUUGGCAGUAUAUAUUGAGUGGCAUUGUGUAUAAAUCAAGAUUUUUCAUAUUUCUGGCUUGUGUUAGAUAAAUGAAAGUUACUGCAAUAU